AUGAACGACACCAUAACUAUCCGGACCAGGAAGUUUAUGACCAACCGACUACUUCUGCGGAAACAAACGCUCAUUGCUGUUCUUCACCCUGGAAAGGGAGCAGUACCUAAGACAGGAAUUUGGGAAAAACUAGCCAAAAUAUGCAAGAUCGUACCAGAUGUCAUUUUAGUGUCUGGAUUCAGAACCCAUUUUGGUGGUGGCAAGACAACUGGCUUUGGCACGAUUUAUGAUUCCUCGGAUUAUGCCUACAAAAAUGAGCCCAAACAUAGACUUGCAAGACACGGCCUGCAUGUGAAGAAAAACACCUCAGGGAAACGGCAAAAGGAACUCAAGAACAGGGUGACGGCAGUCAGGGGGAUGGCAAAAGCCCCUGCUGGCGCUGGUGACAAGUGA